AUGAGCCGACGCACCAGCAGUCACGCGAACUACUCCUCCAGCUCUCGCCGCGGGACUCGGGUCGCGUCGCACAUCCACGACCUCCCCAUCGAACUCGUUCAACAGGUCUUCCUCUUCGCCUGCACCGACGGGGGCCUCAUGGGAUGCUCGCUCUCUCGGGUCUCCCGCUCCUUCCGUACUGCAGCACACCCGGUCAGGUACCAUUCGAUCGCGCUCACCGGUCUCGGGCAGAUUGCGUCCUUCACUGCGCACUACCAGCACGUCCUCGCCGCCGCCGCCCGUUCAUCGAACCCAGGCGCAUACCCGAAGGUCCAGCACCUGUAUGCGAUGUCGCACAAGGAAAUGCUACGCCGCAAGGUGUUCGAGCACGACGACGACGACGACGACGACCUCGACCUCGCCUUCUCCGCGCUCGCACUCGACCCGCGCCCCGCUUCGGCGAGCACCCUCGCGCCGCUCCCAGCGCUGCUGCAGCUCGUCGCGCCGGACGUGGUAACGCUCUGCCUCGCGACGGUGUACACGCACACGACGCUCUUCGCCGGGUGCGGACCGUUCCGCGCGCUCCGGCAGCUGACGGUCGCGCGCAUGCAGGGCGUCGACGUCCCGCCGGCGCGUGCGCGGCCGCUGCCCACGCCGCUCUUCCCCGCACUGGAGGAGCUGCACAUCGCGAUGGGCGUGCUCGACCACAGCUUCGAGCACCUCUUCUGCCACUGGACGGAGCUCGCUCCGCGCACCGCCGCGCUGCGCCUGUCGGACGUGCCGUGGCGCGUGGGCGCAUCCUGCAUGUGCGAGACGUUCGGUGAACGGCCGCGCAACUACGACCCGGUCUUCCCGAGCCUACGCGUGCUGUUCGUGCAGCCGUUUCCGUCCCCGCCUCCCGGACGAGCGGAGGCCCCCGCGCUGAGUGCUCAGCGGCGCGAGCUCAUGCAUGCCAUCACGGACCUCGGUCGGCACCCCCGCCGGGGUACCGCGGUGCGUGUGCUGCAGCAGAACAACGACUGCGGUGCCCAGCACUCGGUCGACCUCCGUCGCGGGUGGCUCGAGGGCGUCGCGGGGCGCUCUGGUUUCUGGGCGGGCGGGGUGGACGCGCGGAUGUAA